AAACUGCUGGAAAACUGCAAUAAUUACACAUCAACAGCUCGUUCCUCGUUCGUUUGCUUCCACGCACGGCUCAAGCAUCGAACAUCAGAAGGAAAACCGUCGUCUUGCAAAGCAAGGGUUUAGCUGGGAAGGUGAAAGUUUCCGCGGUACAUUCUGCCUGCGGAUUUUUGUCCCGUUUAUUAGGGUGUGAUUGUCCAGAAUUCUCCCUGAAUCGGUCGCUGUGGCAGGCAGUCAACGAAGAUUGUGAGACAAAACCUGAUUCGACGUCAUCGGCUGGGAAGUGUGCGUGUGGAAUCCUAGGAAAAACAGGAAUCAUGGCAUUGAUGAACCAAUGUAUGGAGAAAACCGAAGUCGUCGCAGACCAGGUCAUUCGUACAGGAAAACACGUACUGCCUCAUGUCGCCCGGCUUUGCCUGAUAGCCACUUUCUUAGAGGAUGGCAUUCGCAUGUGGGUCCAGUGGAACGAACAACGCGAAUACAUGGACAUGAGCUGGGGCUGCGGCAAGGGCCUAGCCACCUUGUUCGUGCUGAUCAAUCUUAUCGGCCAGAUCGGUGGCUGUGUUAUGGUUCUGGGCCGGCUGAAGGUGGCGAUCGCUUGUGGUGUUUUGUUCUUCAUUGUAGUGCUGCAGACCGUAGCGUACUCCAUUCUGUGGGAUAUCCAGUUUCUGCUGCGCAACCUUGCGCUCAUCGGUGCCCUGCUGCUGGUUCUAGCGGAAUCCCGAGGUGAAGCACGCAGCCUUUUUGCAGGCGUACCGUCACUGGGCGAGAACAAACCGAAAAACUUCAUGCAACUUGCUGGCCGAAUACUUUUAGCGUUCAUGUUUAUCACGCUGAUACGUUUUGAGUUGAGCUUCCUGCAGAUUCUGCAAGACAUUCUUGGUUCAAUUCUGAUGGUCUUGGUAACGGUUGGCUACAAAACGAAACUGUCUGCUCUGAUUCUUGUGCUACUGUUAACGUUGCUGAAUUUGUAUCACAAUGCCUGGUGGACCAUUCCGGCCUACAAACCACUGCGGGACUUCCUGAAGUACGACUUCUUCCAGACGCUAUCGGUCAUCGGUGGCCUGUUAAUGAUCGUUACACUCGGCCCGGGUGGAGUUUCGAUGGAUGAGGCUAAAAAGAAGUGGUAAAACAUUAGAAACCAUGCCGUUGAUAAUUUCGUUUGUUUCGGUCGUGGACAGAAAAAAUAACUAUGAUGCGAUAGGUUUUUUUAAUUAUAAAACGUUUUAAAAAAAUUGUUCAACUCGCCACACGGUGGCGCUUGGUGAACGGACGGGAGGAUCCUGUGAGGAGCCUCACCAUCAUCCUUAUCAGGGACUACUUCGGAAGACAUAUUGACAUAUACACACGUACAUAGACACCUAUUCAGGCAAGGGACAUCCAUCGACAUGUGAUAAUUGUGAGCUAACAAGAAGCAACAGGAGAACAAUGAAAGGGAAGCGCCUCCACCAACAAUAACUCAACCGAGAUCAACAGCCAGAGAAAGAGUGAGAAAGCGUUCGAGCAGCAUUUGGCUUCAGCGAAAAACUAUUUCUCAAAACUACUUUCUGUGCAUUUUUCGUCUGUUUUUUGAUUUUUUUGUGUUGUAAAAUAUUUGUGUUGAUAAAGGAAAUGAGAAAACAUAACACUGAACUUAUUGUCAUUGAUAACAGUAGAAGACACAAAACAAAUGAACUGCUGAUGGCAGAGUAUGAAAGGGUGAACUGGCAUGAAGUAACUACAUUUAGGUGAACAAAACUAUAUCCAUGCAACAACUAACACUUAAGAAGAAAAAAGGGUAAACAAGUAUAUUAACUAAAUAAACCACAACUGAUUAGUUUUUUAACUACAAAAGAAGAUUUCUGGUUUAAUUUUUUCUGCUUACCAUUGUUCCAAUCGAAUUUCAAGAAUAUUUCUACUCAAGCUCACGUACUAAGCAAAACCUUCGAAACAAAAAAAAAAAACAAUUUAUGCUGUCCUGCAACUUCUUGCUAAUUAUCAUAAGUUAUAAGAGCUGUGUCAACAAAAAAAAAACACAUGGCCUGAAAUAUUACUACUGGAUAUUACAUUGGCAUCUGACGUUCCAAGUACCUAUAAUCUAUCUACACUUCGUCGUAGAAAUAUAUAUUUACCUUCGAAUGGGUUCAUCACAAUAAAGAUAAUUGUAAA